AUGGCAGUAGUUACUACAUUAAAAGAAGUGGAAUCUGCCACCCGUGCUGUCUUCGAAUCAUUGUUGUCCUUUAUGUCAGGGAACAGGGCUCAAUCAAAGAUAAAAGGCUGGCCUCUCGUUUCCAAGUUAAUGCAACCCAAAAGGAUCAUGUCCGAGGAAUCAGAUUCAGAAGUCAAUGAAUUUGAGAAGGUGAACGCAGCACUGCACAGUCUCGCUGGCCGCAGGCCAAUCAGUUUUGAAAGAUCAGAGCGCACUUCUAAUGGGAUUGGACAGCAAGAGGAAAGGAUCUUGUCUGCCACUCGCAAGGCAAUCAGCAUACUGAUGAUGUUGCUAAUUAACCAAGUGUUGAUGGGAUGA